GAGCUUCGGAAGGGGGCGCCCCUCCACCCCCCAGCGUCCCCACUCCCCUCCGCGGCGGAGGUCGGUGUGUGCCCCACACCGCACCUGAGUAGCCUUCAGGUGGAGUAGACACGUAGAUGCGUGAAACAAGCCUGUGAAAUAUUAGAGGGAAGCAUCGCAAGGGAUGCUUAAAGGCAACGCCAUUUCCCUUGCUCGUUGGGGGCAUCCGUCUGGGAGUCUGAGGGAUUCAGCUGUAAGCCCUCCGGGCUGGAAGCUCGGCCGGGGUUUGGAGGAGGUGACCCCGUGGAAUGGCUGCUCUGCCGUUGGGCAUCGUGAACAGGCUUAGCCAGCCCUCCACGCCGGGUGGGAAGACGGCUGGCAAAACUCAAGUCUCAGACGCUGCUGGGCCCCCCAAAAAGAAGAGGAAGAGAGCACAGAAGAAAUCCCGGGAGCGGGAGGAGAAGGCUGCAGAACCCAAGGCCCAGGCUUCUGCGGAGAAGUCUCAAGCCAGGACGCCAGUGGCAGCCAAGGAGAAAGAGGAUGAGGCCCCCAGCUCGACCGGGGCCCCUGCGGAUGGCCUGGCCAGUGAGCCUGGCUCGCUAUUUGCCUUGGACGUUCUGCGGCAGCGCCUGCAUGAGAAGAUCCGGGAGGCGCGGGGCCAGGGCAGCGCCAAGGAGUUGUCUCCAGCUGCUUUGGAGAAAAGACGCCGGAGGAAGCAGGAGCGCGACCGGAAGAAGAGGAAGCGGAGGGAACUGAGAGCAAAGGAGAAGGCGGCCGAGGCCCUCGAGGGGGUGGAGGCCACCGAGGCGCCCCACGAGGAGGCUCAGGCCCAGCCGGGGCUGCUCUUCAACAAGGUGGAGGUGAGCGAGGAGGAGCCGGGCAGCAAGGCCCAGCGUAGGAAGGAGAAGAGGCAGAAGCUGAAGGGGAACCUGACGCCGCUGACGGGCAGGAACUACCGGCAGCUGCUGGAGCGCCUGCAGGCGCGGCGGGCCCGGCUGGAGGAGCUGCGGGACCAGGACGCGGGCCAGGCCCGGGAGCUCGAGGCCAAGAUGCAGUGGACCAACCUGCUGUACAAGGCCGAGGGCGUGAAGAUCCGCGACAACGAGCACCUGCUGCAGGAGGCCCUGAAGCGCAAGGAGAAGCGGCGGGCGCAGCGGCAGCGCGCGUGGGAGAAGCGCACGGCGCACGUGCUGGGGAAGAUGCAGCAGCGGCAGGACAGGCGGCGGCAGAACCUGCGCAAGAAGAAGGCGGCCAGGGCCGAGCGGCGCCUGGAGAAGGCUCGCAAGAAGGGCCGCAUCCUGCCCCAGGACCUGGAGCGGGCCGGCCUGGUCUGAGGGCCCGGAUGCCCGGUGCCAACCCGGGUGGCCACAGGCUCCGGGUCCCAGCGGAGAGCGGACGCCGCCACGUGCUUGAGAGCCUUUGGAUCCAGGGGAGGGGUGACCCAAAUCCGGGCUCUAGGCUCCUCUUGUGAGGCCGGAACGCUCUCUGAAAGUUGCGGGGUGGGGGGUGAGGGAGCAGCGAGGAGGGAGGGGGCGUCUUGAGGGGGGCUUCCCUGGCGCCCUCUUCCUCCCCCAUGUUCACAGGAGCAGGAACUGCUGUGUCUGCCCCAAACUCACUUGGAAAAGGACAAAAACCAGCCAGCUCCUGUAGCCUGCGUUGGAGUGGAGUUGACGGGCUCGGUAACUGGGAGACGGCAGGGCCGUCCUCAGGCUGCCUGGAAUUGAGUUAUUCGAAGUUAAUUUCUAAGGUGGGUGAAACCUAGAAUUUAAGGUAGACAUGCACAUUAAAAAUCCUAAGGUAACCAGUAAAAGGUAGAAACAGUGAACUAGCAGGAAGAACAGUGGAGUGGGGUGAACAGUUAUCGAUCUAGGGGGAGGCAGGAGAGAAAGAGUAAAACCUAGAACCGAGUGAGGCCAAUGGAGGGUGCACAGUCAGGGGCACAGCUAAGUCCAAGCCCGCAGGCAGCCGGGAUGAAUGCACGGGACAAAACUCAAUGAAUCUUACGGUAUGUGGAUUAUAUUUCAGUAAAACUGUUAAUAAAAUUCUUUUGACUAAACUCCA